AUAUGUCAGAACGUCACAAUGGUCCUGUCUAGCAACAGUACAAUCUCCUCCUUGGUUCCGAAUGUGAGCUCCUUCUGGAUUCAAGACUCAUCCUUGUUCACUAGCAGCCAUGGCCUCUCCCAAGCGAACGAGAGCUUCUCCUUCACUACUAUGGAAAUGACCAAUAAGUCAAAAGGUCCUCCUGAUCCUCUGGGUGGGCACACUGUCUGGCAAGUUGUCUUGAUUGCUUUCUUCACCAGCAUCCUGGCCCUUGUGACCAUCAUAGGAAACAUCCUCGUAAUUGUGGCAUUUAAAGUCAACAAACAACUGAAAACGGUUAACAAUUACUUCCUGCUGAGCCUUGCUUGUGCAGAUCUGAUCAUUGGCAUUAUUUCCAUGAAUCUUUCCACCACCUAUAUAAUCAUGGGGCGCUGGGCUUUGGGAAACUUGGCCUGUGACCUGUGGCUCUCCAUUGACUAUGUAGCCAGCAACGCCUCCGUCAUGAAUUUGCUGGUCAUAAGUUUUGACAGAUAUUUUUCCAUCACAAGGCCACUUACCUACAGAGCUAAACGAACAACCAGAAGGGCUGGGGUGAUGAUUGGCUUAGCUUGGGUUAUCUCAUUUAUCCUUUGGGCCCCUGCUAUUCUCUUCUGGCAGUAUUUUGUUGGGGAGCGAACUGUCGUUGAAGGGAAAUGUUACAUCCAGUUCCUAACCGAACCAAUUAUCACUUUCGGCACUGCCAUAGCUGCCUUUUAUUUGCCAGUCACCAUUAUGAGUAUUUUGUACUGGAGGAUAUACAAGGAGACAGAGAAACGUACCAAAGAGUUAGCAGGACUCCAGGCCUCUGGCAGUGAAGCCGAGGCGACACGCUUUGUCAACCAGACUGGCAGUUCUAGAAGCUGCAGCAGCUAUGAGCUGCAGCAGCAGAACAGGCACUCCAACAGAAGGAAAUACGGAGGCUGCCACUUCUGGAUGACAUCAAAGAGCUGGAAACCGAGCCCAGAUCAGAUUGAUCAAGAGCACAGCAGUAGCGACAGCUGGAACAACAACGAUGGCAACGCGUCUCUUGAGAACUCUGCCUCUUCUGAUGAAGAUGACAUUGCCUCCGAGACCAGAGCUAUCUAUUCCAUUGUACUGAAGAUUCCAGGGCAUAACACCAUCCUCAACUCCACAAAACUACCUUCAUCCGAAGACCUGCCUGGGUCAGAGGAUGAAUUGCAGAAGCUGGACACAGAGUCAAAGGAGAGGAAGCCUAAAAGGCUUCAUCCACAGAAGAGUAUGGAGGAUGGAAACUUACAGAAGUGCUUUCCCAAGCUUCCAAUUCAACCAGGAUCAGCAACACAUGCAGGAAAGGCUUCUGAAUGCAUUUCAGCAGGGUCAAGAGCAUCUGCUGCCCUACCUUUGUCAUUCAAGGAAGCCACCUUGGCCAAGAAAUUUGCCUUGAAGACAAGAAGUCAGAUCACCAAGCGGAAACGAAUGUCGCUCAUCAAAGAAAAGAAAGCUGCACAGACGCUCAGUGCCAUUUUGUUUGCCUUCAUUAUCACCUGGACCCCGUACAACAUCAUGGUCCUGGUAAACGCUUUUUGCGAGGAUUGUAUCCCUGACACCUUUUGGAACCUUGGGUACUGGCUUUGCUAUAUCAAUAGCACAGUGAACCCUAUGUGCUAUGCACUGUGUAAUAAAACAUUCAGAACCACUUUCAAGAUGUUACUGCUGUGUCAGUGUGACAAACGUAAACGGCGUAAACAGCAGUAUCAGCAGAGACAGUCAGUCAUUUUUCAUAAGCGGAUUCCCCGGGAAGCUUCAUAGAAUAGCAUUUUUAACAAUAGAAAAAUAUAUAAAAGGGAUCGCAAAAAUGAGAGGGAGGGUGGUUGCUGGAGCCAACUACAAACAGUACAUCUUCAAGAUGUGAAAGGAGCAGCCUGGUGUAUGGAUUUAUCCUUUUAAUACUUCCUGUUUAAUGUAACUGUUUAAGCCACAUUAAGCAAAAGCAACAAAUUACAAAGUUUUUACUAAGACAUCUGAAGGUUUUCCAACAAAAUUCCAAAAAGCUGCAUAUGAAAACUCUUAGUGAUAUGCCCAGUUGUCCAAUUGAACAUUCAUUCUGGGAUCUCAGGUGAGCUCAUUCCCACCAAUUUCCAAGGGACACAAUAAGUUCCAACACAA